ACUAGUGCCUGGAAUGUGGUUGCGAGCGGGCGCGAAACCGACAACGAUCGUGGGCUCCGGUGUUGGACGUGGUACGUGUGUUUUUCCAGUGCGUUUCGAGACGUUGCGUUGCGGUGUUUUUGGAACGGUUCUGAUUCGGUUCUAGAGACAGUGUUUCGGUUUGACCGUGCGAAGAUUGCGAAGUGGUGUUUUUGAGCGCGAACGUGCUGUGCAGUGGAAGUGGAAGGUUUGUUUGUUUUUUUUCACUAUAUUUUGGAAGCACGAUAACAAUCCUUAAGGAGCGGAUUGAAAGAUUUAUGCUGUUGACUAGAGUGUAAAGUGGAGUGCAUUACAAGGUGAUUUGUAAAUCGGUGCGUGAAUUCAAUUGGAGUUCUGCUGCUUUUCGUAUGCUGUGUAAUGUUAUUAAGUUCCCACGUCACUUUGUGUUAAGGUUGCUGGCCACGACGAAAACGACGGCAUCUAGUGAUCCGCCAGGCGGCUACAUCUCAGUGCUGCGCUGCAGUGGCAGUAGCUACAUCCUUGGCGGUCGAGUUAAGCUUCAGCGACGAGGGUCAGUUCGGGCCGAGUCUAAAAUAUCUGAUUUCAAGACGGCAAUCAACGCGCCGCCAAGCAUCGUCGAAAUGCCCCAUACCGGCCAAGCGGGUGUCAACCAGCUGGGAGGAGUCUUCGUCAAUGGUCGACCUCUGCCGGACAUUGUCCGACGGCGAAUCGUCGAGCUGGCGUUGAUGGGCGUUCGACCGUGCGACAUUUCCCGGCAGCUUCUCGUGUCUCAUGGUAAGUACGCCGGUUCCACAACUCACCGAAGCCAUUUAUCGAGGCCACUUGCCAUCACCCUAGAAGAAAGCUAAUUAAAUCGAUAGAUUAACCAUUGCUCGUUUGGUUUCCGUUCCGAUUGGUAC